AUGGAGAAAGCAGGGGGACGAGGAUCUGUUUCCCAGGCCACAGCAGAGAACGGCAUCGAGAACCCAGGGCUGGAACUCAUGGAAAGAGGGAAUCCAGAGGAAAGCAAAAAGCCUGAAGAGACAGAGGAACACAGCCGGAAGGAUGGCCCGGGCCACAGCAAUUUCUGGAGCAGGAGGAAGCUGCAGCCUUUCACCAAGGCGAGACAUUUCUUUAAAAGACAUGCUGCGUUAUUCAAGAAGAUCCUGCUCGGUCUCUUGUGUUUAGCGUAUGCCGCCUACUUCCUGGCGGCUUGCAUCCUGAACUUCCAGAGGGCUCUGGCAUUAUUCGUCCUCACCUGUCUUGUCAUCUUCAUCCUGGCUUGCCACUUUCUGAAGAAAAGCUUCGGUAAAAAAUUAAUGAGCUGUCUGAAGCCCUUGAAAAACAGCCGCCUGAGGCUUUGGGCGAAGUGGGUGUUCAUAGGAGCCUCUGUGGUCGGCCUUAUCCUGUGGCUGGCUCUCGACACGGCUCAAAGGCCCGAGCAGCUGAUCUCCUUUGCAGGAAUCUGUAUGUUCAUCCUCGUCCUCUUUGUCUGCUCCAAACACCACAGCGCGGUAUGCUGGAGGACUGUGUUUUGGGGCCUGGGCCUUCAGUUCAUCUUUGGGAUUUUGGUCAUCAGAACUGAACCCGGAUUUAAUGCAUUUCAGUGGCUGGGAGAUCAGAUCCAGAUUUUCCUGGCUUAUACUGUGGAAGGCUCCAGUUUUGUUUUCGGUGAUGCCCUGGUCCAAAACGUUUUUGCUUUUCAGUCUUUGCCAAUCAUUAUUUUCUUCGGAUGCGUGAUGUCUAUUCUUUACUACCUGGGCCUCGUGCAAUGGGUGGUUCAGAAGAUUGCCUGGUUUCUGCAAGUCACCAUGGGCACCACUGCUGCCGAGACCCUGGCUGUGGCAGGAAACAUCUUUGUGGGAAUGACGGAAGCACCUCUGCUCAUCCGUCCCUACCUUGCAGACAUGACUCUCUCUGAAAUCCAUGCAGUGAUGACCGGAGGCUUUGCUACCAUAGCAGGCACCGUGCUGGGAGCCUUCAUAUCCUUUGGGAUUGAUGCAUCCUCCUUGAUUUCGGCCUCAGUGAUGGCUGCCCCUUGUGCGCUUGCCUUGUCCAAACUGGUAUAUCCAGAAGUGGAAGAGUCCAAGUUCAAGAGCAAGGAGGGAGUGAAGCUGCCCCGUGGGGAAGAGAGGAAUAUCCUGGAAGCUGCGAGCAAUGGAGCCACAGACGCCAUAGGCCUUGUUGCUAACGUUGCAGCCAACCUGAUCGCCUUUUUGGCUGUGUUGGCCUUCAUCAAUGCAACUCUUUCCUGGCUGGGCGAAAUGGUGGACAUACAUGGACUCAAUUUCCAGGUCAUCUGUUCCUAUGUCCUUCGGCCCAUGGUUUUCAUGAUGGGUGUGGAGUGGGCAGACUGUCCACUGGUGGCUGAGAUAGUGGGAGUCAAGUUCUUCAUAAAUGAAUUUGUGGCCUAUCAACAACUGUCUCAAUACAAGAGCAAGCGUCUCUCUGGGGUGGAAGAGUGGAUCAACGGCGAGAAACAAUGGAUUUCUGUGAAAGCUGAAAUUAUUGCAACAUUUUCGCUCUGUGGAUUCGCCAAUCUUAGUUCUAUAGGAAUCACACUGGGAGGCCUGACAUCGAUGAUACCCCAGCGGAAGAGUGACUUGUGCAAGAUUGUGGUCAGAGCCCUCUUCACGGGUGCUUGUGUUUCCUUUAUCAGUGCCUGCAUGGCAGGAAUCCUCUACGUCCCCAGGGGAGCUGAAGCUGACUGUGUCUCAUUCCUAAGCACAAGUUUCACCAACAGAACCUAUGAGACCUACGUGUGCUGCAGAGAGCUUUUCCACAGUACGUCGCUGAAUGGCACCAAUACGCCUUCUUUCUCCGGUCCCUGGGAAGACAAGGAGUUCAGCGCCCUGAGUCUCGCUAAGUGCUGUGACCUCUAUAGCAACCCUGUCUGUGUAUGA